GCUAGGGCGGCGGAGCCCGGGCGGCAGCCACGGUGCUGGGACCUGGAGCAGGGACCAAGAGCCCCGGGAACACACAGGUGCCCGAGAGUCAUUCGAGCGCUUUGAAGGAUAAAAUAACACCUUUGAGUUUUUCACCUGUGAACACAAUAGCGCUGAGACCCUCUGAAAGCAGAGAGGAGGAGACCGAUCAGUCACCCCCAGAGACACUAAAAGUUUUGCUUUUUCUUCCCCUGUUCGAUUUUUGCCCCGAGUGUCACUACUAUGGUCAGAAAGCCCGUGGUGGCCACUAUCUCCAAAGGAGGCUACCUGCAGGGAAAUGGGAAGGGGGCGCUGCCCUCCGCGGGGGACAGCGAGCCCCCGGGGCCGGAGAAAGUGGUGCUGAAGAAGAAGAUCACGCUGCUGAGGGGCAUCUCCAUCAUCACCGGCACCAUCAUCGGAGCCGGGAUCUUCAUCUCCCCCAAGGGCGUGCUGCAGAACACGGGCAGCGUGGGACUGUCGCUCAUCAUCUGGACCGCCUGUGGGGUCCUGUCCCUCUUUGGAGCCUUGUCCUAUGCUGAAUUGGGAACAAGCAUAAAGAAAUCUGGAGGUCAUUAUACAUAUAUUCUGGAAGUGUUUGGCCCAUUACUAGCCUUUGUGCGAGUCUGGGUGGAACUGCUCAUAAUACGCCCUGCAGCUACAGCUGUGAUAUCCCUGGCAUUUGGACGCUACAUCCUGGAACCGUUUUUUAUUCAGUGUGAAAUUCCUGAACUGGCAAUCAAGCUCGUUACAGCUGUGGGUAUAACUGUGGUGAUGGUUCUAAAUAGCAUGAGUGUCAGCUGGAGUGCCCGGAUCCAGAUUUUCCUAACCUUUUGCAAGCUCACAGCAAUUCUGAUAAUUAUAGUCCCUGGAGUUAUACAGCUAAUUAAAGGGCAAACCCAACACUUUCAAGAUGCCUUUUCAGGAAGAGAUGCCAGUAUUAUGGGGUUGCCCCUGGCUUUUUAUUACGGAAUGUAUGCCUAUGCCGGCUGGUUUUACCUCAAUUUUGUUACUGAAGAAGUAGACAACCCUGAAAAAACCAUCCCCCUUGCUAUAUGUAUAUCCAUGGUCAUCGUCACUGUUGGCUACGUGCUAACCAACGUGGCCUACUUUACCACCAUUAGCGCUGAUGAACUGUUGCUUUCCCAUGCAGUGGCAGUGACCUUUUCUGAGCGGCUCCUGGGAAAUUUCUCAUUAGCAGUUCCCAUCUUCGUUGCCCUCUCCUGCUUCGGCUCUAUGAAUGGGGGUGUGUUUGCUGUCUCCAGGUUAUUCUAUGUUGCGUCUCGAGAGGGUCACCUUCCAGAAAUCCUCUCCAUGAUUCAUGUCCGCAAGCACACUCCUCUGCCAGCUGUUAUUGUUUUGCACCCUUUGACAAUGAUAAUGCUCUUCUCUGGAGACCUCUACAGUCUUUUGAAUUUCCUCAGUUUUGCCAGGUGGCUUUUUAUCGGGCUGGCAGUUGCUGGACUGAUUUAUCUUCGAUACAAACGCCCAGAUAUGCACCGUCCUUUCAAGGUGCCGCUCUUCAUCCCGGCCCUCUUCUCCUUCACGUGCCUCUUCAUGGUUGCCCUUUCCCUCUAUUCGGACCCAUUCAGUACUGGAAUCGGCUUCCUCAUCACUCUGACUGGGGUGCCUGCGUAUUAUCUCUUUAUCAUAUGGGAUAACAAACCCAGGUGGUUUAGAAGAAUGUCAGAUAGAAUAACCAGAACAUUACAGAUAAUACUGGAAGUUGUACCAGAAGAAGAUUGUCGCAAAUUAUGAACUAAUGCAUUGAAAUCCUGACACUCUUCCCAAGGGAGAGAUGCAAUAUGGAUCUUUAAUUCAUUUCCUGAAAACCUGGAGUAUUGCAACUUUGGUGAUGGACUAAAGGAAUCAUUUGUUUUUAUUCAUAGYUCAUGUAUUAAAACUGAUUUCUGAGAAAUUUAGUCAAAACUCUAUGUAGUUGUAGAAAACUAAUAUGCAAAUUGCAUCAUGAGUUCACAUAAUUCUUGAGUCUCUGAAAGCUAGCUACUUGUAGGGACUAGGGAAAAAGACUAAAGGAAUAGACAGUUAAUAUAGUGGUCAUUCUCUACAACGUAUGUAUCAUGACUGAGAACUUUUACAUUGAUGACUGAGAUGUUUUCUGUACAUAGGGGUUUUGUAAACAUGGUUUUACAUACUGUAGAUGACUAUACUGUGAAAAUGUUUUCUAUUGUUCUGAGAAAAAAGAAUAUAUGUUAUUGUUGUGGCAAA